GACUGUGUAGGAAGCUGUGAGCAGUCACAGCAGGUAGACAGGAUCUGGGAGGAGGGACAUAUAUGUUACUGCCUUAUUUUCAUGACCUCGCAAACACUGAGUCCCAGGCAGGCCUGCCAUUAGUUACAGUAGGUGCAGGGCCGGGGUUACUCCCACAUCUCCAGGCUCUGGGAGCAGUGACCUGGAGGUCAGGAGCUGACAUGUGAGGCCGGCAGCGUGUUGCUCUGUUAUUUCCGGUAAGCGGACUGCACCAGGAUCUCUCCCGCAGCGGUUCACUGUCACUGUGUGUGCACCAGGGGAUCACAGCGAUCACUUUCUGCUCUGCACCAGGGGAUCACUGCUUUAGUUUGCAAGUGCACCAGAUCAUUUUCUGCUGUGCACCGCGCACAGUGACCGGGGGACCCUGACCCCCGCGCAGAUUACAGUGCGGAGAGCGCCACGCACAGGAGGGAGGGAGAAAUGAUCCUGUGUAAGAGCGCAGCAGCAGCAGCAGCGUCCUGGUGGAGCUCAGACUGGACGGAUCAGAGCGGGGCAGAUGUUAAUGAGGAUAAGCCUUUCUCUGAAUCACUGGUGUAAUAUGGAGUUAUCCGGGAGAGGAAUUUAGGAUUCCGUGUUUUCAUUGCCAGACCAGAGACCCCAAAGUCAAAUGAAAGGGGUGAAAUGGAAAAGCAGCAGCUCUCGGUGGAUGACGAUCUCUUACCUAUUUAUUAUGUUAGUCCUGAUAGAGGACCUGGUACGUUUUCUAGGGUUUGGCAGGAACAUGAGGUUUCCUCCUCUGCCUCAAAUCUUAAUCUAUUGGCCUCAUUGGAUCAUGGCGGUUUAGCUGCAGCUCGUCCCAACACUGAGAGGUCCAGGUUCUAUACACAUGGCCACAAAGAUCAAGAAGGGACCAGAGCAGUCUGUUUAAUUUCAGGUACUAAUGGUGAGGCCUCUUGUGCGGACAAAGCUUAUUCCAGCCUACAAAAGGAAGUGUUCCCUGACCUCCAGCAGUUGUUACCCAAAGCCACCGAUACAAGGACCCAGGUCAAUCCCAUGGCAAAGAGCAGCUCAGCACAGGAUGUUAUCUUGGCCAGUUUACUUCAAGUUCAACUGUGCGUGCUGGACCUCCAAGAUCAGAUCGAUAUUUCCGAGACCUGUCGCCUCAGAGCCAGGGAGCCACAGUCUGAGGCAGGCCCACCUUACGUUGAGUUUAAUGAUGCUUUAAGGGAAAAUCCACAUCAAGAUCGGGAAGAGGACCAGGAGAGUGAUGACACUUUUUACUCAGAAGUAGAAGAUGAGCGCUUAUUCUGUGAUAACCCUUUAUUUAAUAACUCCAAACCUUUAUACCCCGUGGGUCACAGCAUGCAGCAGCCUGUUCCUGCAGUGGCCAGUGAAAAUGGACAUAGCACUGGUCAAAGGAUAGAGACUCAGGGAAACGAGCUGCUUUUAGCACAGAAUGUUUGGGAUAGGAAUGGAACAGGUACAAGAAACGUUGUUUGGCAUCAGAUGACACGUGAAGAAUCACUGGAAGAGCUCCAGAUAUACGAGGAUGAGUGGGAGGAGAAACAGGCGUUGUCUGCUAGGACCAGGAAGUGGCAUCUUACUGACAGUCUACAGUAUACCCAGGAGGCCUUUGCUUGUGCAGAAGACGCUCCGAGAAAUGUGACUGCCUGCAUCUUGGCUCCUGAAGCGCCUGAAGUCUCUCCGUGCCAGGAGGCGGCUGUGGAAGAAGAUGAAGGGUUACUGUUUUCAGAGCCUGGUUUAUGGGCAUUGUUACUAGCGGAUGAGGAAUCUGAGCACAAACUCCCAACUUCCUUGACUUCUGUAGACCAUUCAUCCACUUCUCAAAUGCAGGAGCAGCCAGGUGAAGAAGGCUUAUUCAUAUCGUGCCAUAACCAAGACGUACCCCUGGAGGAGAAGCAUGAAGAAAGCAUUCAUCUGUUCUGCCAGGGUUGCCAAGGCAAGGAACAUGUAGGCAGAGGGUUGCCAUUGGAGGGCAGAACUGAGGAAUUAGCUAUACAGCAGAGCACCCAGGAGAUUGUCCCAGAUCAGUCGGAGGGCAGGACAGGAGAGUUACAGAUGAAGUCACAGCAGAGUACCCAGGAUAUUGUCACAGAUCAGUCGGAGGGCAGGACAGAAGAGUUACAGAUGAAGUCACAGCAAGAUACCCCGGAGAUUGUCAUAGAUCAAUGUGAUGAUGUGUCCACGGAUUUUGAGACUUCUGGCUCAGAAGAGGUGACCUACGUGGAUGCUGUGGCCAUCACUCAGGAUGCUGAGGCAGCUCGCUGUUUGGCAGUAAAGCUGUUCCAUCUGGAUGGCUUUAAAAGGUCGCAGGUUGCUGCAUAUCUUCAGAAAAAUAAUGAUUUCAGCGCCAUGGUGGCUGAGGAAUACCUGUCUCUCUUUGACUUCACAGGGAAGAGCUUGGAUGUGGCUCUUAGGUCUCUGUUACAAGAGCUGGUGCUGACCGGGGAAACUCAGGAACGAGAACGGGUCCUGUUCCAUUUCUCCACACGUUUCCACAGCUGCAACCCUAAGGACUUCAGAUCUGCUGAUGCUGUUCAUACUCUUACCUGCGCCCUCAUGCUGCUUAAUUCAGACCUACACGGACAGAAUAUAGGGAAGAGCAUGACCGCACAGGAGUUCAUUAAUAAUCUGGAUGGUAUGAAUGAUGAUGGCAAUUUUCCCCGGGAGCUACUGAAGGGAUUGUACCAGGCGAUCCGUGUUGAGAAACUGGAAUGGGCUGUGAGUGAAGAGAAACUAGCAAAUGUCAAUGAGAAACUGCUGUCAAGGCCAGAAAAUCUUCUCUCUGUUCGGAAAAAAAGCUCCCCCUUCUUGGACAUACCCGCUCCUGACCCGCAGGCUCCAAUUUACAAGCAAGGAACACUUUGCCGAAAAGUACAUGCGUACAUUGACGGCAAGAAAACUCCAUGGGGAAAGCGAGGCUGGAAGGCGUUCCACACUGUGCUUAAAGGGAUGCUGCUCUUCUUCCUAAAGGAUGAGUACAGGUCUGACUUCCAGUUCCCGGAGGAAGUGAUCAGUGUACACCAUGCUCUGGCUGAGAAGGCGAGAGAAUACACCAAGAGACCCCAUGUCUUCCGGCUGCAGACUGCUGAUUGGCGCGUCUUCCUUUUUCAAGCUCAGACAUCUGAUGAAAUGAAUUCAUGGAUCUCUCGAAUUAACUUGGUGGCCGCCAUGUUUUCGUCACCACCUUUCCCCGCCGCUGUGGGCUCUCAGAAGAGGUUUUAUAGGCCGAUCCUCCCCACCGCUCAGUGCAAGCUAGACCUGGAGGAGCAACUUCAGUCCCAUGAGGGUUUGAUGGACAGCUUUACAGACGACCUGACAGAGCAUCAGCGAAACCUUCCAGACUCAAAAAGCAAAACACGAGAUUGGGAGGACUAUCACCUGCGAGAGGAGUAUUUACGCUAUGAGAAAUUGAGGUACGAAACCUAUGUGAAAAUUCUAGCCUUACGGAUGGAGAGCAGCUGUGAGGACCUCCACACCUUCGAGCCUCGUAUAAUGGAAUCUGAUGGUGGGCAGGAAGAGGGCAGUGGAUUAAAGAGGUCAUACUCAAGCCCUUCGCUCAACCCUGAAAUAUAUCCUGUGGCAGUGAAGGUCAAACGCAACAUAUCGGAACGCCGGACUUACCGCAGGAUUAUCCCUAAACGCAAUAAAAACUUGGUGUGACAAGAUCACCUAAAUCCAAGCAAAAUAUGAGCACUUUUUACGGUACCUCACCAUGUGCCUAAUCUCUGCGGGGAAGUUUGGGAAACCCCUUUCAGAGGUUGUUGUGCAUUGUCCAUCUAUGUAUAAAAGGAAUUCUAAAUUCCUAUCAUAGCUAAGCAAAUAGAACCCUAUGGGAUUCUAAAUCAUUGAGCAAGGAACAAUGUUCCCUUGUAAAUUAGAGAAUAUAUCUUCUUAGAUGACUAUUAUUAUGUUUACUACCUUCUUUAGGUAUGUAAGAUUAUGUUUAUUUUAAAACUCCUUUAUUGGUUUCUAGAACCUGGUUACUGCUCAUUCUCAGGCUGCACUUUCUAUUUUUGCCACUAGCUGGCACUAUUGCACCAUCAAACCUGAGAGCGGCCGUAGCGUUUUGGUAAAAGGCAAUUUAGCGGUUGAAUUUUCACCUGCAAAUGAAGGAUGUCAAUGACCAGUCUUUCUUUUCAGGUUUAUUUCUCAGUCUUUUCCCAAAUACAAAAUAAAAAAAUUGCGUGCUAGAGAACAUACCACAUAGAUUGUUAUCCAGGACCUCUGAUGUCAAUGUGCGCUAUUUGAGUAAGUCUGGAGACUACAGAUUGCUGACCAUGGUAUGAAUGUUAGUAGACAAGUAGGGUAGUCUUCUACUGCUCAGCCUCCAUAAUGACAGGGACAUUUAUAGGAACAUCUGGUUAUUGUACAGGAGUGAUGGCAAUAAGUGGAAGGCUGGUGUACAUAUUGGGUGCAGUGCCACUCAGAUGAGCAGCUUUGUAAUGAGUGUGCGUGUGUUUGGGGUUGGGGCAGUGCCAGUCACAUGUAACUCAGGAUACUUAUUAAACAUUUGUGAGGCUUUCGGAUGGGCGACUGGUUAUAUGGCCAUUGUGAGUCAAUGUAACUUGCCCUCCCUAUUAUAAACAUGUGAAUGGUUACAGUAAACAUGCUGGUUAUAAUGUAUAUUUGGUACUAUUUCUAUGGAAUGAGAACUAUUUUUUAAUGUCAUUUAUGUUUACAGAUUUGCUCCCUUUUAGGUAUAUAAAAUUGUCUUUAGUAUAAUGUGUUAGAUGCUUCUAAAGACCAGUGUGUUUGCUUGGUUAUGCUUUAGCAAGCUGUUUCUUGCCAGCUGUUGUUGACGGAUGGCAUGCUUGGCAGGUCAUGCUGAGUCUUCUAGUUCCACAGCCGCUGGUGAAUCACAGCAUCCUUAAGUCUGAUCCAAGCCAUGCCCAUUAUAUAUUUAUUGGGGCAGUCAUAGUAUAAACUGACCCCUUUGGAGCUGAACAUCUCAUGUUUGUUUUGUUUUCCUUUUUAUUUUUUGCCAGCCGGCGAGAAGUUUGUAUUUUCUGAGUAUUUCAAUGUUUUAUUUGGUCUGUACUCUAAGAAACAAUGCACGGUCUUCAGAGUCUUACCAAGUUGGAUUCCAUGCAUCGCUAGCCUUAAAUAUUGUGUUAAAUUACCACAUGCUGUAUUUCGUAUUAUAAAAGUGUAUCUUGGAUUUGUUUCAUUCAGUAUACAUGGUUAUUAUGUCAUUCCCCAGCUUCCAUGCUGUCCCCACACUGUCUGUGGCUGGUUGCUGUCCUGGAUAACCAUCUGUAUACAGCGAGGUCUCUUUGGCCUAACUACUUGUAAUGUGGCAACAAGCGGCCUAUUUCUGUUCCAGCUCUCACAGACCAGUAAUCUGUGGAUGUGUUUUGGGGGAUUCUUCUUGUGCUGGAGUAGAAUACCAAGUGAUGUCUGAUCAUGCUCCAGAAUGAUGGUCUACAGCCAUCUGGUACUAAAUGGAGGUUUUAAUACCGGCAGUGGGUCAUGGCCUUAUUGCAACUUGCAUUUUGCACUGGAAAAAACAAUAAAGCCUUUUAAAGUGUU